ACUGACUUCCAAAAUUAUAAACAUCAAAAGCUGCGAACAAUCACAGUUGGCCUCUCUCUCCGGGGAAGCAACUGUGACAGUAAGCAAAGGGAGGUCGAACGUAAUUCUCCAUAACAAAAGUACAAAGGCAGGUCGGAGACCAAAGAAAAUGUUACACCUCCUCUUGUCCGCGCGACCAAGCGGCGCCGCGGCGGAUUGAAGCGCGUCUCUCAUUAGGUGGAAGACAGGACAGGCGGAGAGAGAGCACAGAUAAAGGGAGGGGUGGUCACACGCAACAAAACAAUCGUUCUCAAUCGUUCACCUUUUAAAACAAACUUGGCUCGGGUCUACAGGGGUACUUUCCGUGAUGUGGGGCGCAACAAGUACUACUUGCUAAAUUAGGCACUGUAAUGACAAAAAACCUAAUUUGGAACCACCUCGGAAUUGAGCUAUCUGGAUUAAUAUCUCCUCAGUUCUGUACAGAAGUUCAUUCGGGAAUCCAUCGAAGACAAUGUUGGCAGAGGGCAGAGAGUCCCCCGUCUCUUCCAUUACUCAUGCUGAUAGUGACAAUGGGGAGGAGGAAUCGUGCACGCGUAUGGCCCUGCUAAACGGUAUGGACCAGAGUCGGCGGCACCGAACAGCGUUCACACGGGAGCAGCUCGCGUGCCUCGAAAAGGAGUAUUGCAAAGAGAGUUAUGUGUCACGAGCCAGACGGUGCGAACUGGGGGCGGCCCUUAACCUUCCAGAAACUACCAUAAAGGUAUGGUUCCAAAACAGAAGAAUGAAGGAUAAGCGACAGCGCCAUAGUCUGAGCUGGCCUCACCCAUUGGACCCAACUCUGUGUGCCUUUAUGGUGAGCCAGACAGUGACAGGGCUGCCAUACCCACUGCUGCCCCACAUUCCCCUGCAACUUUACUCUCAUCUGGGUAUGCCAAAUCUCACUGGUCUGUCUAGUCCCUACAGUGCAGGCUGUGUGAGACCAAUGAACACUGUAUUACUUCCACACUCACCCUACACUAGGAUUGCUGGGCUUCAUUCUCCGGUCCUCUACCCUCCAUUGCCCACAAUGCAGCAUCCUAAAACAUGUCCCUGCCCUUAUUGUCUUCACUGGUCUCCACCAGAACAAGUACACAAAGCUAGGAUUGGAGCUGGUUUGGGGUUGAGUUUACCUAGUAGCUCAGAACCCUCAGUUGCAAUAUUGGAUUGUAGAGAAGAAAUACAUUUGCCCCAGUGAAGAAAUUGCUUUAUUUAAUAGUAAGCCUUAUGUAUUACUCAUUCUUGAGUAGACAUGUAUUGGUUUAAGGUUAGAAAAAGAUUUUCAGAGGCAAAGAUGAUUCCUCAGGAAUCAACUGCACAAUAAAUGAAUUAUUGAAAUGUUAAAAAAUAAAUAAAUAACACAGACCAAACUAUGAUGAACCAGUUUUUAGUUUUAAUGAAGAAUGUUUUUAGACCUAAAAAGUAAUGAUUUGUUUUUUUCUUGUCAUUUAAAACAUUGCUGCUCCAAAUUGCUGUCAUAAAAUUACUAUUGUAAAUAUAUUAAUUUCAUAAAAUGUUCUAUGACAAACAAGACUAUUAAAAUAUUUAUGAAACAA